AUGAGUUCCCCGCUACACCCUUCUUCGGCUCGUCCGAAUAGAAAGCGAUCUCGAACAGGAGGAAGCGAUGGCCCUUCACCAGCAGCCUUUGGCUCGAGUCCCAUGCCUUCUUCGCCCCCUGCCGAGUUCAACAUGGCACAUGGUGUCGAGGACGACGAUGACAUCGAAGAGGAGGCCCAGAUCCAAGACGAUAUCGAUGAGCUUGACGAAAUGGCAGAAGACGACGUUGAUCUGUUCCGUGAAGGCUACGAGGCCGAUUACCAAGAACGAGAGAACGACAUGUACGAAGGCAUUGGCAUCGACGACGAGGGCGAUUAUGACGAGAUGAACAUUGCCGAUCGACGUCGGCUAGAAGCUCAGCUCAACCGAAGAGAUCAGGCAGUCAGAAGGGAAAUUCCCAAUAUUUACCUUGAUGGUGACGAAGAUGAUGGCGAUAUCGAUCUCACAGCUCAGCCCCGACGUCGCCGUCACCAUUACGAUGAAGAUCCCGACGACCUCAUGGACACCGACAUUAUGGCCGAGGAACUCUCGCUCGAAGCACUUGCUGAUGUCAAGGCUUCCAACCUCACUGAGUGGGUGUCACAACCCUCAGUCCAGCGAACCAUCAGGCGCGAGUUCAAGGCUUUCCUCACAUCCUACACCGAUAGCUCUGGUUCAUCCGUGUACGGUAACCGAAUCCGAACACUCGGUGAGAUCAACGCCGAGUCUCUUGAGGUCUCAUACGAGCACCUCUCCGAAAGCAAGGCCAUUCUGGCUUACUUCUUGGCCAAUGCGCCUCAAGAGAUGAUCAAGUUGUUCGACGAGGUUGCCAUGGACGUUGUUCUGCUUCACUACCCCGAUUACGAGCGCAUUCACGCCGAGAUUCACGUUCGUAUCUUUGAUCUACCUGUGCACUACACACUGCGACAACUCCGUCAGUCUCACCUCAACUGUCUCGUUCGAGUCAGCGGUGUCGUUACCCGACGAUCGGGUGUCUUCCCUCAGCUCAAGUACGUCAAGUUUGACUGCAGCAAGUGCGGUGUGACUCUCGGACCUUUCCAGCAAGAGUCAAAUGUUGAAGUCAAGAUCACAUUCUGUCAAAGUUGCCAGUCGCGAGGUCCCUUCACUCUCAACUCCGAGAAGACGGUCUACCGAAACUACCAGAAACUCACUCUCCAAGAGUCUCCUGGAACAGUACCUGCUGGUCGAUUGCCACGAUCGCGCGAGGUUAUCCUUCUCUGGGAUCUGAUCGACAAGGCAAAGCCUGGUGAGGAGAUUGAAGUCACUGGAAUCUACCGCAACAAUUAUGAUGCUCAGCUCAACAAUCGCAAUGGCUUCCCUGUUUUUGCUACUAUUCUCGAAGCAAACAACGUUGUCAAGUCUCAUGACCAGCUGGCUGGUUUCCGAAUGACUGAGGAGGAUGAGCACACAAUCCGCAAGUUGUCUCGCGACCCCAACAUCGUGGACAAGAUCAUCAACUCGAUAGCACCUAGUAUUUACGGACAUACUGACAUCAAGACCGCCGUGGCUUUAUCACUCUUCGGUGGUGUUGCCAAGGUCACCAGGGGUGCUCAUCAUCUCCGAGGUGACAUCAACGUGCUUCUCCUCGGCGAUCCUGGUACAGCCAAAUCCCAGAUUCUCAAGUAUGCUGAGAAGACAGCCCACCGAGCUGUGUUUGCUACAGGUCAGGGUGCCAGUGCUGUCGGUCUGACGGCCAGUGUCCGAAGAGACCCUCUCACCAGUGAAUGGACAUUGGAAGGUGGUGCUCUGGUGUUGGCGGAUCGUGGAACUUGCCUCAUUGAUGAGUUUGACAAGAUGAACGACCAAGAUCGAACAUCCAUUCACGAAGCCAUGGAGCAACAGACCAUCUCCAUCUCCAAGGCCGGUAUUGUCACUACUCUGCAAGCUCGAUGUGGUGUCAUUGCUGCCGCCAAUCCCAUCGGCGGACGAUACAACUCCACUGCCCCAUUCUCUGCCAAUGUCGAGUUGACAGAGCCUAUCUUGUCUCGUUUUGACAUCCUGUGUGUGGUACGAGACACUGUUGAGCCCGAAGAGGAUGAGCGUCUGGCACGAUUCAUCGUCGGAUCACAUAGCCGAAGUCACCCUCUUAGCCAAGCGGAGCAGGACUCAAUGGAGGUUGAACAUGAUACACAAGCUGAGACACAAGCCACUAAUGGUGGUCGCAAGGCUGAGGGUGAGAUUCCUCAAGAGCUACUAAGGAAGUAUAUCCUCUAUGCUCGGGAGCACUGCUCGCCGAAGCUUUACCAUGUCGAUGAGGACAAGAUUGCACGACUGUUUGCCGACAUGAGACGAGAGUCUCUUGCCACUGGAGCCUACCCCAUCACAGUUCGACAUCUCGAAGCUAUCAUCCGCAUCGCCGAAGCCUUCUGCCGAAUGCGCCUCUCAGAAUACUGCUCAUCACAAGACAUCGACCGCGCCAUCGCCGUCACAGUGGACAGCUUCGUGGGCAGCCAGAAAGUUAGUUGCAAGAAGGCUCUCGCGAGGGCGUUCGCCAAGUACACUCUGGCACGACCUGGUACUCAGAAAAAGACCGGCGGUAACAGCCAAGCGAGACGGCAGACUGCUGUUGUUGGUUAA